UCUGCCCAGGUCGGGGUGGUGAUUUGCCGCGGGGCCCAUCCCCCAGCAAGCCCCGCCUGGCUCGCGUAGACUGCGCACUCGGGGUGGGAGGGGCGCAGCGCCACUUCUGGAGCUGUUGCGGUCGCUGUCUGCCCACCUGCCCGCUAGCCGGUCCCUCCUGCAGCCUGCCUGCUGGGCAGGGCCGGCCCGGCCCGGCCUGGCCAUGGAGUCCUACGACAUCAUCGCCAACCAGCCCGUGGUCGUCGACAACGGUUCAGGGGUGAUCAAGGCUGGCUUUGCAGGAGACCAGAUUCCCAAAUACUGUUUCGCAAACUAUGUUGGGCGCCCUAAGCACUUGCGGGUAAUGGCUGGAGCCCUGGAGGGGGACCUCUUCAUUGGACCGAAAGCAGAGGAGCACCGGGGGCUGCUGGCCAUCCGCUACCCCAUGGAGCAUGGUGUGGUGAGAGACUGGAAUGACAUGGAACGCAUCUGGCAGUAUGUCUACUCCAAGGAUCAGCUGCAGACCUUCUCCGAGGAGCAUCCUGUUCUGCUAACAGAAGCUCCACUCAACCCAAGUAAGAACCGGGAAAAGGCAGCCGAGGUGUUCUUUGAGACCUUCAAUGUGCCAGCACUGUUUAUCUCCAUGCAGGCCGUGCUCAGCCUGUAUGCCACAGGACGCACGACAGGAGUGGUUUUAGACUCAGGAGACGGGGUCACUCAUGCUGUCCCCAUCUACGAGGGCUUUGCCAUGCCACACUCUAUUGUGAGGGUGGACAUUGCUGGCCGUGACGUCUCCCGCUAUCUCCGGCUCCUGCUGCGCAAGGAAGGCAUUGACUUUCACACCUCGGCUGAGUUUGAGGUUGUCCGGACCAUCAAAGAGCGAGCCUGCUACCUGUCCAUCAACCCACAGAAGGAUGAAGCUUUAGAGACAGAGAAGGUGCAGUACACCCUGCCGGAUGGCAGCACACUUGAUGUGGGACCAGCGCGGUUCCGGGCCCCCGAGCUGCUGUUCCAGCCGGACCUGAUAGGGGAUGAGAGUGAGGGGCUCCAUGAGGUGCUGGCCUUUGCCAUCCACAAGUCUGACAUGGACCUGCGCCGGACGCUGUUUGCCAACAUCGUGCUUUCGGGUGGCUCCACACUUUUCAAAGGCUUUGGUGACCGAUUACUAAGUGAAGUGAAGAAGCUUGCCCCAAAGGAUGUCAAAAUCAAGAUCUCGGCCCCUCAGGAGCGGUUGUACUCCACGUGGAUCGGUGGCUCCAUCCUGGCCUCACUGGACACGUUUAAGAAGAUGUGGGUAUCCAAAAAGGAGUAUGAAGAGGAUGGCUCCCGUGCUAUUCACCGUAAAACCUUCUAGUGUCCACGAGGAGGGCGUGUCACGUUGAGAGAGGGAGGAGGAGGAGCCGAGGCCCUCGGUCCUGUCUGGUCUGGGCUCACGCACUAGGCUAGGGUCUUGUCCCCUGCACACCCUGAAUUCUGGGCAGGUGAUGUAGCAGUGCCUCCCAGCAGCCUUUCCUUCUGCACAUACAUGUGUGCGUGCACGUGCACACCCGCACACACCCACUUUCACACAGGGAUGGGAGCCUUGACCUAGAAUGUAGGAAUUUAGGAACCCAGCUUCGGGUAGUUCUGGGAGUCUCCCUGGCAGGGCCAGUUGGGCCUGUGGUUCUUUGCACUGACCCUCAGGGCUGCUGCUUGGAGCUCCAAGGGCAGACACCCAAAUGCCCCCAUUUCGUCUGACAGGAUUCCUCCCAGGGCCGGAGUGCCUGUGUCACGAGCCUUGGGGAAUGGGGUGGAUGAGGGGAGUGGCUGGCAGCUCCCCACUGGUGCGUCACUGCUACUAGUGCCACCGCCUCUUCCUGACCCUGUGGGCAGCCCAGAGGGCCGCACCAUCUUCCCGUCUUCCAGAGUAGAUGGCUUGUGUAGGCCGAGUACUGGGCAGUCUUCCAUCCCCAGUGAGGUGAUCCGGCCCAGGGGCGGACCCUUCGGAACCAGGGCAGAGGAUGCAUGGGGUUCAGGCAGCCACGGUUCGUUAUGGUUUCUGCCUCAGAGCACUUCAUUGACUUGCGCCCUCUUCUUUACCCAGUACCCUGGGUGCAAAAGGGUUAAUGGUCUUGACUUAUUGAGGGAAAGCCACUCAAUCAGGAGUCAGACCUAGAGGGGGAUGAGAGGGUGCAAACUUCCUUCUCCCACUCUCCCACAAAAGAGGUCUUCAUUAACCCUGUGGCCAGGCCCCUCACCUCUUCCCAUUUAUGUACAAUAAUUUAAAACAGUUGCCUGAAAAAAAACUUUUGUAAAUAAUUGUAGUAACGAUGGACAAGG